AUGACUUCCCAUAAGGUUUAUCCCUUCGGCCAACUGUUCCUGGUGUGUUUAACACUGGCAAUAUUUUUGGAAUCGACGAACGGCGACUUCUAUGACCGUUUCAGAUACUUGUCGAAUUACAAUCGGCCAUGGUCCCACUUGAAUCAUGACACGUCUCUAGACUUCGCCUCGUCCGAGCACCUGCCGUCCUACGCUCGAUUUUCCGAACCGAGAAGUCCGAUCUUCGAUUCCUCCGAAUCGAAAGAAUGGUUCACAGCCUCGGCCAGCAAGAAAAUUCCGACGGAGAGUAAAAACUCGAAGAAAGCUGUCUCCCCGUUUUACACCCUCACCGACAAGGACUCGCAGAAGUACAGAGACAUGGUUUUCAAAUCCGGGGUUCCGUACUGUCAAGAAAUCAAAACUAAGCGAGCUACUAAAGAUGACAACACCGUCUGCUAUAAAUGCAAAAAUCCAAAGAAUGGAGCCACUUACGAACAGUGUUCUUACGCUUCUAAACCAGAUUCUAGUAACAUAGACGAAGUGGUGAUACCAGGAUUCAGAAACAGGAGAUCUAAUUCGGAUGAAGGAUUCAGGCGUUCUGAUUAUGGAAGGUACCAUUCGCCCUACAGAUUCAAUGACAAAAUCUUUUCCGAAGCUACAGAGGACGUCCCGUCGGAAUAUAAGAAGAAGAAUGAGAAGUGCGAGAAGGUGGUGAAAGAUUCGAUGGUGUGUAUGGUGUGCAAAGACACCAAGAGCAAUGCCAAAUAUGAACAGUGUAGCUACGUCCAACAGCCGACUGAGAAGAAGUACGCUUAUUCCAAAUCCAGUUCGUUCAAAGAUCCUGAGAAACGUGAAAGUAGAAAUGAGGAGGAUGAGAGAAAGCCUGAUAAAGAGCAUUCAGAAAGUAAACCGGUUAAGGAGUAUUCGAAUUCAAAGGAUAAAGAAUCGGACAAAGGAUCUGAAGAAGAAUCUGGAGAAAGGAAGGAUUCGACUAACAAUUGCAAGAAAGUGCAAAAGGACUCGCAGACUUGUACCGUCUGCAAGGACCCGAAGACUGGUGGAAAUUACGAGAAAUGCUCGUACACUUACGAGCCAGAAGAUAAGGUUUACAAGUACAGCAGAUCAAAGAGUUUCGGAUACCCCAGAAGUUCCUCCUCCAAAGAUGAUUCGAAGGAAGAGCCCAGCGAUGAAAAGGACAAAUCAGAAAAAUCCGCAGACGAUGAGUACAAGAGAGAUUACACUAUUCCAGAAAGCUUUUAUGAAUACUCCUCUCCGAGUUCGUAUUUCAAAGACGAGAAGCCAAAGUCUAAUUACAAUCGUCAAGCACCUUCCAAGGACUCGAAAUCCUCCGAGGAUAACGAUGAUUCUUUCAGCUAUGAGAGAUCUAAAUCGGAAUCGGAAAAAAUCGCCGAAAGCAUGGAGACAAGCAACUGUAAAGAAGUUCAGAAAGACUCGAUGGUUUGCAAGGUUUGCAAGGAUCCAAAAACUGGAAGUAACUCGGAACAGUGUUCUUACAAGUACGAGCCAAGUGACAAAAGUUAUUCCUACUCGAAAUCGAAAUCGUAUGGCAAUCCAAGAGAAUCGGACGAUAAAUCUCAUGACGGGUCUGAGAAGAAAGAAACCAAGGAGCCUUACCACAGUCGCUAUGAUUAUCCCGAAGAGAAGAGAUCUUACGUUACCGACACUGACAGCAAAGACUCGUCCACUACCAGUGAGUCUAAACCGGAAGCGAAAGAGGAAAGGUCCAUCGCUGCAAAGAAGAUCGACGAGAGUUUCUACGACGCUUUUAAAAAGAAGGAGGAGAUCAAGAAGAUCCUUCAGGAGUUCCAGAAGGAAGACAGAUCCAAUUGUAAAAAGAUCAUGCGCGACAAGAUGACCUGUUACGAAUGCGCGGAUGAGAAAGGAUUCAAGAAAGAGGAAUGCGCCUUCGUGGCGGCUGAGGAGCCGGCCGAGGAUAAGAUUGAUUAUAGGGAGGUGAAGGAGUAUAAAGGAGAGUCUAGUAAGAAAGUUCCCAGGCAUGCGAUCUUCGAAGAUUUUCCUAUAGAGCCGGAAGCCGCGGCUAGCGACGUUGCUUAUGUAAAAAAAGAGAAGCCGAAUUCUGAAGAGACGAGGGAAGUCGAACCGUACGAAUACGUCGAGGAAACGCGACCUGUGUUCGACAAGGUUCUUGGGUUCACGCUACCGGCGUAUAUGCUCAGCACUUCGGAAUACGAAGAGGAGUUUGACAAAGUGUUUUUGCAUAGAAAUUAGAAUAGUAGACUGCUUGUAGUAUCAGUCUUUGA